AGAGCUUUGUUGAGAAUCUGUAUGCCAGUUUUGUGUCAAACAAGACGUCAUGGCGAUUGAACUGAACUUUCUUUUAUUGUUUCCGGAAGAUAGGGCAUUCACAUUAGGCGGUGUUCGUGUGCUGCUAGCAUUUUUAGCUGUCAAGGGUGAGCGCCAAGCAAGCGGGUGCCGCUACGUGCCUGACCAAGCAUGGUGCUGAGUGCCGAAUACGUGGGCAAAACCAGCUUUUUUGGAGACAACACUCCAUUGCCCAUUGAGUCAGGCUAUGCCAUCGUGCUUGGUUUCGGAGCCUUCUUUUCCGUGGUCACCACAGUUUUGGUGUACUUGGACAAGUAUGCGAAUGGCACGGAGCACACCUCUGAAUUCUUCAACACGGCAGGCCGCAGCGUGAAGACAGGCCUGACGGCAUCUGUGAUUGUGUCACAGUGGACUUGGGCGGCCACUUUACUUCAGUCCUCCAACGUGGCGUGGAACUACGGAGUGUCCGGACCUUUUUGGUAUGCCAGUGGUGCCACGAUCCAAGUGCUUCUCUUUGGUAUCUUGGCUAUUGAAGUGAAGCGAAGAGCACGCACUGCACACACCGUGUGUGAGAUGGUCUUGGCUCGUUGGGGGAAGGGAGCUCACAUCACUUUUCUCUGCUUUGCAUUGAUGGCCAAUGUGAUUGUGACCUCCAUGUUGCUGCUGGGUGGUGCUGCCACUGUGAACGCCCUGACUGGUGUGGACACCAACUUGGCUUCUUUCUUGAUCCCAUGGGGUGUGAUUCUUUACACAGCAGCCGGUGGCUUGAAAGCAACCUUCAUGGCUUCUUAUCUCCACACAGCUAUCAUCUUCAUUGUGUUGGUGGUGUGCGUGUACACCGUCUACGUGAAGAACUUCUCGUCCGACCUGAUCUACACCGGAUUGCAGACGGUCGCAGGCUACACGGAAGCUCAAUGUCAGCAAAUCUUCAGCCAGGGCACCAGCACUUUCUUUGAGAAAGGUAAAUAUGCCUGCGGCCCGGUUUCGGAGAAUGAAGGAGGUUCCUACUUGACCAUGUUGUCGGGUGGCGGUACCAAGUUCGGCAUCAUCAACAUCGUCGGGAACUUCGGCACGGUGUUCGUGGAUCAAUCCUAUUGGCAGUCAGCCAUUGCGGCCAAACCCACCAGUGCUCACAAGGGAUAUUUGUUGGGAGGCCUUGUUUGGUUCACCAUUCCCUUUGCCUUGGCUACCUCCUUGGGAUUGUGUGCGGUUGCGUUGCAGCUUCCCAUCUCAUCUGCGGAGGCUGGUGCUGGCUUGGUCCCACCGGCAGUGGCCACUCAUCUCUUUGGUAGCUUUGGCUCUGUGAUGAUGGCGGUGAUGCUGUUCAUGGCCAUCACUUCGACUGGAUCGGCCGAAGGCAUUGCUGUCUCCUCCCUGGUGACAUACGACAUCUACAAGACUUACAUCAAUCCUCAAUGCACCGGAAAACAAGCGCUUUUGGUUUCCAAGGUGGUUGUCGUGGUGUUUGGUCUUCUGAUGGGUGGCCUGGGAGUGGCCUUGAAUUACAUGGGCCUGAAUCUCGGCUGGGUCUACCAGUUCAUGGGCAAUGCGAUUGGCUCAGCAGUGGUGCCGCUUUGGAAUCUGCUGAUGUGGAAGAAAGCCAAUGCAACAUUGUGGCUGCAUGGGGUGGGAUGAUCUUGGCAUUGUCCACUUGGUUGAUCGUGUGUCAAGCGGAGUUUGGAGAGAUCACAGUAGACAACCUGGGCACCUUGAACCCGAAUCUGGCCGGAAACAUUGUGGCCUUGGCAUCUUCCGCUUUGAUCCAUGCGGCCUUCUCUUUCAUGAGUCCUCAGAACUAUGAUUUUGAGUCCAUGGGCAAGAUCGAGAUGUUGGAGCAGGACAUGAGCGGCUUGGACGAACAAGAUUACACCAACGAAUUUCUGGAUGCGGCGAAGUGGUGGAUUCAGAAGUGGGGUUGGGGCUUUACCAUCAUCAUGGUGCUCUUCUGGCCUUUGCUCUCGUUACCCGCGGGCGUCUUCACCCAAGACUACUUUGCUUUCUGGGUCUUCAUCAGCAUUGCAUGGAGCUUUGUGGCUACUUUCGUGAUCAUCGUGCUUCCCAUUCACGAGUCUUUGGAUUCUAUCAUCGGUGUCUGCUACUACAUGGUUGGCAAGGCCCCACCAAGCAAGGAAGAGCCUCAGACCAAAGUCACCACUGAGGCUGAUAUCUAAAGAAAGCAAGAAAGACAGCGUUUAGCAAGGCUAGCAAGGCUCGAGAGAGGGAGAGUCAUUUUUUUGUCCAGGGGCUUCACGCAAGACUUGUUGCGCCGGCUUGAGAUUGGAAGAUAGCAUCGAAGAAUUGACAACGGACAUCAGUUUGUAUCAGUUUGCACAAGAAGUCUCAGAACACACCCACACACAUUGAUUGCGUAAAGUUGUUGAUAGAAUGCUGCUAGCUUCCCUGAUGGAAUCAGCAUCGAGCCGUUUGCCAUUUUUUCCCAUCCUGGUCGCAUGAACUUUCUGAACUUUCUCCGCUUGAAGGCGGAGGGGCAGCCUCCCUUUCUCGUUUGCCUAACAGGGAUGGAGUCCCUGAAUCAGAACUGGCAUCGUGGGCCAAAGCG